CAUAGGUUUGAUAGUGGGCUCGGGAAAUACGACACUAUGUAUACCACAGACGAGAUGUGGAAUGGGAUAGCUGUGCAGUAUGGGACCAAUGACUAUAGGGACCUUUCGAGGUUAUCACCAACUUAUAGGGAAGGCCCUCCCCCCGCCUCUUCUGAAGACGGGGGAAUUUCAUGGUCCCCAAGCUCGAUCUCGGGGGAAAGUUCCAGUUAGGUUUUUUCUUUCACCACUCUAUAUAGUGUUGGAGUAACUUGUAUUUCUUUCACUGACUCACUGUGAUGACUUGUGCAGGCAACAUGGACUCCGACCUCGAUGCCCUCAUCGACAAUGCGGGUGCCAAGAGGAGCAAGCGCCCCAGGGCAAGGGGACUGACAACCAGUCAGCCUGGGAAAAGCUCCAAGAGAUCUAGGAAAACGCCUCCUCCUCCCCCGCCGGCUUCGAGCUCUGCUGCUGCGUCGACUGGCCAGACUAACGUCCCCACGACGAUACCACCCUCGCAGGCCGUCGUCCCUGUGGUGGCGCCGGCCUCGCAGACUGAUAUCGCUGCCGUGGUUGAAUCCCAACCUCCUGUGGCGGGUCAAACGCCUUCUACCCAGCUCGUCAAAAGACCUUCUGCUUCCCGAGCCCUGAAGCUAACUAUUUCCACCCAUAUGGAUUCGUAUGUGGUGGAUAAUGCUGCCGGUCCUCACGGGUCUACGCUGAUCUCGGAUGUAAUGUCCCGGAUUGGCCAGAGCUACGGCAAUUUUGAGGCUCCUCAGUGGCAGUGUCUAACUGGCACUCGGGACCGCACUGUCCUGUACGAGAAGAGUAUCGAGCACACUGCCGCGGCUCUUGCUUUCACUGCCCAGCUUAAUUACGAGCUGAACAACGAGGUCCAUUCGAGCAGGACCCUCGCCCAAGAGGAGAGGGACCUCCACCUUAAAGUGAAUGACGACCUGAAGGCAGUGAAUACUAAGCUCGAGGCAGUGAUGGUUCAAAACAAGUUUGGACAUGAUUCGGACCUUGUUCGGACAAAGUGCAAACAUGAUUCACAGCUUGUUCGGACAAAGCGCAAACAUGAUUCGGGCCUUGUUUGGACAUGGUUCGGACCAAGUUUAGACAUGGUUCAGACCUUGUUCGAACAUGAGAAGAAUAUCAUUGUUAAUCGUAAUCCUCCACCAAGUACUGUUAAGGAUACUCGUAGUGAGGUUGGGACUUAUGUUCCAGAAACAAAUCCGGAGGUGCUGGUAGCCACUGCUGUACCUGAAUCAAACCCUUUCAUACCGACAGUUGAUCAUGUAGCACAGAUGCCAUUUCAUGAUGAUUAUCCUGAUUGUCCUGACCCUAAAAAUGAUUUUGAGGGCAAUGACGAUUUUCUUGAUUAUCCUGAAUCUGAUGCUGAUUUUGAUUGCAAUGAAGAUGUAAGAGACAACCAAGAAACAGAGGUCCGUUCUCAAGCUUUGAGCCUGAGUCCACUGUCGUACCAAAUACCGAGGCAAACAACAUGUAGAAGUAGACCCCGUAGAGAAGAUCGCCAAACACCUGGUACUAGUAGUAGUUGUCCAGACGGAACAAAUGAUGCUAGAUAA